GUCUUGCAUGAUGCCUACUUGAUGCAAAUUAGCAUUUUCAAAUCUGAGACUAAAUAGAGUCAAAUAUAUUGAUAAAAGUCACCCUGUCCGAGAGAGAUUUAAUGUUAUCAAAAACGUCACGCCAGGGAAAGGCUACAUGAAACAUAGCCCUUAUUUGAAGUGUUCCUAAAAUCCACAAUGGGUCAAAUGAAUGGUGGAAAACGAUUGGAACCAUUUCCGUGUUUGACCGAUAGGUUUUAUGGGUAUCAUGAUGCGUCCACUGGGGGGCCAAUUACCAUAUUGCUUACACUGUCAAAUCUUCUCGGAUCUCCAGAAGCGCAUAGGGUGUAGGACUGAGGAGUCCAUUUGUAUUGAUCUCAUGUCUCCUCCCUAACAAUGGGAGUCGUUACCCCAAAAGCGGGAAGGCAGGCAAGCGACACGUUUAGGUCCAAAAUACGCCCUUAGAAACGCAUUGGGCUUGUUUUGGACCGAGUGAAAACACAUAUUGUUCUGUGGUGAAACCUCUUGCAUCGCCUCUUCCUCUCUGACACGGCCAAGUAUUGCAUCCCAUAAUGCAAUAGGAGGCCGUUGAGAUCCAGCAGCUGGUGGUGAGUUUCCAAAGCGCCCAAGAGUCAAUAGCAGGCGGCUGACACAUCUUUGAAUCCAUGUGACAUUUUACGAACCUUUAAGCGUAAAUGCAUCAGAUAAAUAUGCUGCUCACGUGUCUUGCAUAUCUCCAUAAAGGCCUGUGAGUGUCUACAAGUACCACAGUAUUCGUUGUUGGAGGAUUCCUCCCCCGUCUGCCGGAUCGCACCAAACAGGCAAUGACAACGGCCUCAGCAACUCCGCAGCAGAUGAGAGACCGGCUGCUGCAGGCCAUCGAUAGUCGUAGCAAUCAGAUUCACAAUAUGGUGGCAGUAUUAGAAGUUAUCACAUACUUGGAGAAAUUCCCUAUCACCAAAGAAGCACUUGAGGAAACCCGAUUGGGGAAACUGAUCAAUGACGUGAGGAAGAAGACCAAGGAUAAAGACCUUGCCAAGCGUGCCAAGAAGCUUUUGCGGAGCUGGCAGAAGUUGAUCGACCCAGGGCAAAAUGAGACUCCAUCGCGGGGGGCAGUAAGUGUCUCGGGCUCUGCCAAUGGCAGUGCCCACCCCUGUUGGACUGACGUUCCACCCCCUGACGUAUCCCUGGCAGGCAAAGGUGUCCAAGAGGUCAAAACCAGAAAUGACGUCCACAACACCGACUCGCCCAAAGCGGAGAAGUCAAGCAGCAGGAAGCGUAGAGGGGAGCAAAAGGACAGUGUGCACUUACCGGCCAAAACCUCAAAGAUGUCCCCCAACGAGCAGAUGCACAACUCCACUCUGUCGCCACCUCCCACCAAUGGGAUUGCAGGUAACCCUGAGGCUCCCCAAGACCUAGAGGCUACACCUUCGCCAGACAGGGCCCGGACAGAGCACAUUGAGAAUGAAAAACACUGUAGAAUCCCUGUCAAUGCUGUCAAACCACACCCCAGCUCCCCGGGCCUCGCCAAACUACCUAGCACUUCCUCUUUACUCAAGACUGCUGUGUUGCAGCAGCAAGCAAGGCUGGACGAAGGAGGAGGGGGGCAAUAUCUGGCCAAAAGCCUCCGCUGCCUUUCAAGUCCACGGACUAUGAAGCAAGAGACUAUGUCCAAGCACUCUUCAACAUAUGCACCAAAAGGGACUAUCCCAAGCCCAGCUCGGAGUCCUCGCUUGCCUUCGUCCCAGCCUUUAACGUCCCCAGCCCAAGUGUCUCAUGUGAAUGGGCCCCCACCCCCUGCCCAUAGGGCCUCACUGCACUGGCCUGGCUCCUCAGAGGCCACCACCAAUCCCCCACACAGCACUGGAACACUGGAACCCCCGCCUGUCUUCCUUCCCACCACCCAUCCCGCCCCACAAAACUCUGAGUGUGCGGAACUCCACAGACCCUCCCCCUCUGUAGUGGUGGUCAAGGCUGAGGCAGAAGUCUCUGCCUCCAGCUCGGACCGCAAAAAGAGGAAGAAGUACAGGUCCAGGGACUACUCUGUCAACCUGCAGGGGCAGGACAUAGAGGACAAAACAAAGCCUGUGAGGUUAAAAGAACGCAGGCUAACGUUUGACCCUGUGACUGGACAGAUCAAGUCCAUGGUACAUAAAGAACCCUGUCAGGUGGAGGAACCCCCAAUGCCACCUCCCCCUAAGCCCCAGCAGAGAACUGAUCUGCAUCCACAGCAGCCUCCCGCUCCCACCCCUAGCCCCUUCCAACAGACUAACUGGAAAGAGCUGUCCCGAAACGAGAUCAUCCAGUCCUACCUAAACCUUCAGAGCAACGUGCUCACAUCCUCGAGGGUCCAGGCCCCCGGCGCACACUUUUUCAUGUCAGAAUACCUGAAACGGGAGGAGAGUGAUCUCAGGGAGGCGAGGCGAGGAGUCCAUGUCUUGCAGCUGGACAGCUCGGUAACGGACACACCUGGAGUGAGCCGAGAGGUGACCGACAAGGACCUCCACAGAGUACAUACGGAGCACUGGCAAGGGGUAAAUGGUUGUUACGACACCAAGGGCACUUGGUUCGACUGGACAGAGUGUAUAUCGUUGGACCCACAUGGGGACGAGAACAAACUGAAUAUCCUGCCAUAUAUUUGCCUAGACUGAGAUGGGGUGUCUGUCCCAAGAUUGUUAAAGGACUUUCAGUUCUGUUUUUCAAAAAUAAAAAGUUGCAGGAAAGAUGUGCCCGUUUGCAGAGUGCUGCUACUAACAAUUAAUUGCAAACUAGGGUUCUAGUGUAGGGUUGACUGGAGUUUAGCUUUCCAGUUAUGUGCUCAGAGGGUGUUGAAAGCGUUCAUCUAGCACAGUUAAAGCCGAACGUGUCCAGUGAGUGGAGUACUGACACCUAUUUGGGAGUUACAAGAAGCUUUAUGUGACAUAUACAAAAAUAAAUUAUACAAUUUCUUAUCAUGUAUGCAUCUUUAUUUUUACCUUUUUCAAAAAAUUUUUUUUAGGUUUAUGGAAACGAUGUGCAAAACCUGUAGAGCUUUUCUGUUUGCAUCACAUACUGUUGACCUGUUCUGCAAUGCAAAAGAGGCAUAACAUUGUUUUACACAUUAUUUUGUUUUUGGUUGGCCGUUACAUGUUAGCGAUCCAACAUUCCAUACUCCACCCCUCAUCUUCUCUCCUCACCACUCUGUUCUGAUGUACACAUGCCAUCGAGCGUUUUCUUUCCGGAGGAAGUUUAACAAAAAAAUGUGCCUCUUGUUCAAUCAACAAAGUAUUUCAGAAGUUACCUUUGUUUUUCCAUUUACUUAUUCCCCAACAAUCCUCACCCAGACAGAAAAUGAUGAAACAGAGGGUACUAAUACAACUGUGAGGAUAAGGAAAUGUUUGUAUGCUGGAACUAUACUUGUUAACAUUCCUUUUAGCUAUCGUUUUGGUUUAUGAAAUUGCAUCACGGGACUUUCAGAGUUGAACAGCCUUAAUGAAUAUACAGAAAUGAGAGCUUUGUAUUUUGUUUACAGAGGCCGGCAUCUUCUGUAAUUUCAUCAUUUACAUUAAGGUAUGUGUAGAUGCAAACAAAACACCUGCAAGGUCCACAUUAUUUUUUUUUCUCAAUUUUCCUCCAAUCUUUCAUGGGUUUGUAUUUCAGGAAUGUUCUACCCAUUGAGAAGCGUGCGUGAUGGUAAAUGAACAAGUGUCGUUUCUUUUGCUAUUUUGUUGAAAACUACAAACUUAAGAGAGCACAUUCUUCACGUUUUCCAUGUGACAAUUUGGAGAAGUAGUUUUUUUUAUUUGUGUUCUCGUCUUGCCACGGUUCUCCACAUAUGACAUGACUUCAGAUGGGGGUAAGGUCAGACUGUGCGCCGCUAUAUUCAUCCCUACCAAUGUGCCUUUUUGAUGUCAAAUCUGGAUUCGCUUUCGCAUAACACUCCUGUCCUUGGAACUAGGUUUAUGUGUGGCAAUUCCAUGUCCGAUGAUGCUGGACUAUGCACCAUCUUUUUUUCCUAAGCAGUGGUCCUUAGUGAACACUGAUCCAGAAUGGAUAAUUGCAGACAAUGAGGCAUCACUCAAACACAGCUCGCAAUAACGAAAUGCUAAAGAUGAUUGAUGUGGAUCUGGUCAGUUUGACUGCGACAUCUUUAUUUGUUCGGUGUUUAACAUCUCAUUUGUUUGAAAAAUAAAGUGAUCUAAACCCUA